AUGACGGUGCUCUGGGGGACGACGAGCACGCAGGCGGAGAAGAAGGAGCUCAUGAGCGCGUUCAUCGGAAGCGCGGCGGUGGAGACGAUGCUGAGCCUCGAUAACUUGGUGGUGUUUCAUCAAAUUUUCGGCACGUUCAAGGUGCCGCCGAGUCGAAGGCCGGGAAUUCUGGUCGCCGGUUUGCCCAUCAUGCUCGUCGUGCGCGUGACGCUGUUUUUGAGCUUUCACGGCGUGUACACGUACGUGCGCGUGCUCUUCGUGCUCAUCGGCGUGUUCAUAAUUUAUCAAGGCGUGUGCGUGGCGUACUUCUCGGAAGACGACGACGAUAACGAUGAUUUGAGUUCAAAUUGGAUAGUCAAGGGGGUGCGGGGGUGCUUCGGGAAUAGGAUGUCGACGAAAUACGAAGGGAGCGCGUUUUACGUGCGUACGCCGGAUGGGGCGUUGCAGUUUACGCCGCUCAUCUUGGUCAUGGUCUUCAUCGAGGCGUCGGAUUUGAUGUUUUGCAUCGACGGCGUGUCUACCAUUUACGUCGUCGGUCACACGGACUUGCUCGCGGUCGUCUGCGGCGAUUGUUGCGCCGUGCUCCUGGUGCGCGCGUUGUACCCGCAGUUGCAAGGCACGGUGGAGAUUUUCCCGGAUUUGAACUACGCCGUCGCCGCGACCUUGGUCGCGGUCGGCGUCGACAUGAUUCUCACCGCGUCCAAGCGAGAGCUCCCCGUGUUCGUGCUCGUGUGUUUCAUGGUGGCUGUGUUCAUCGCCGGCGUCGUCUCUUCGUUGGUUCGCGGGUUGAUAUCCAAGACGUGCGCCGACCGCAAACCGGCGACGCACGACGUCUAA